GGUAGCCCAGCCAAAGCAUAUCCUCCCCGGAGAAGCUAAAACCCUAGAGCUCGCCGAGGGUUUAUCCCGAUGACGACGGCGGAGCAGAAGGGGAAGAGGCCGAAGAUCGACGAGGACGGGGACGAGCGCAUGGACGACGCCGUCCUCCUCGCCAUCGAGCAGCUCCAGGAGAUCCAGGACGAGAUCGACAAGGUUAACGAGGAAGCCAGUGAUAAAGUUUUGGAGGUGGAACAGAAGUACAAUGAAGUUCGCAGGCCAGUUUAUGCUCGGCGGAAUGAAAUUAUCAGGGAAAUUCCGGACUUCUGGUUGACUGCGUUUCUUAGCCAUCCUAUACUUGGUGAGCUUCUGACUGAAGAUGAUCAGAAGAUAUUCAAACACUUGGAGUCUAUCGAUGUGGAUGAGUUUCAAGAUAUUAAAUCAGGCUACUCUAUUACUCUGACAUUCUCUUCUAAUCAGUAUUUUGAAGAUACAAAACUUACAAAAACAUUGUCGUUCAGCGAUGAUGGAAACAUAACAGUGAAGGCUACCUCCAUCAAAUGGAAGGAUGGAAUGGAUAUUGCAAAUGGGAAGGCAUACACAAAGGAUGGGUUCAAACGACUAUUGAUUGAUGAGAGUUUCUUCACUUGGUUCAAUGAUGCAAAGAACAAAAGUUUUUCGCAAGGAGUGAUAGAUGAGGUGGCAGAUAUUAUCAAGGAGGAGUUGUGGCCUAAUCCUAUGAAGUAUUUCAACAAUGAGGCUGAAGAAGAAUUUGAAGAUGAUGAAGAUGAAGAGGAAUCUGAUGAAGAAGACGACGAUGAAGAAGAAGAUGAAGAAGGGGAGGAAGAUGACGAGGAGUGAGCCCUUGUUCAUGCUUGAUUUCAAUUGGCUGGGACAACUCCGGUGUGUGUAGAGUGGAGAGCCUGGGUCACCUGCAGGCUGAAAAGCAAGGCGUCCCUUUCUGGUGUUGUUUUGUUGAUUGACUCGCUGGAAUCUGUAGGAUCCGUCAAAGAUGAAAAUACUGGGAACUUUUUGAUUCUGUGUUUUCUCGUGAAUCAACUCGUACAUUCCGCCGUUGGGCUCCUUGUAGAUUCCAAUGUGUGCAUUACAAGUAUAUUGCGGGAUGCAUUGCUUCCCGAAAUGCAAUGUGUUAGUUAGACAAUAUAUAUGUAACUUAUGGAGAAAGAAGAGAUACUGUUGGAUCCCUAUUUAAAUGGCUU